AGCUAAGCCAUUUCUAUUCAUUUCUUUAACAAGUACUUCAGUAUUUCUGAACAAGAGGGAGUAGUAUUUAUUGAUGUGUGCAAGAUAAGAUUGGCCCUUAUGCCACCACUCCUCUUUUCUGGAAUAUUAUAGCCCUGUGCUUGCUCCCAUACACACCACCUGUCCCCCCUCUCUCUCUCUCUCUCUCUCUGUGCAAAGAGAGAAAGAACCACCUACAAACAGACAGGCAGGGGAAGCAGAGCAAGGAGGAAGAAGAAGUGAGAUGUCUUCCCCAAGCAAGCGCAGGGAGAUGGAUCUGAUGAAGUUGAUGAUGAGCGAUUACAAGGUGGAUAUGAUCAACGACGGGAUGCAGGAGUUCUUCGUCCACUUCCACGGACCCAAAGACAGUAUUUACCAGGGUGGUGUGUGGAAGGUGAGGGUUGAACUCACAGAAGCUUACCCCUACAAAUCCCCUUCCAUUGGCUUCACCAACAAGAUCUAUCACCCCAAUGUCGAUGAGAUGUCCGGUUCUGUCUGCUUGGAUGUGAUCAACCAGACCUGGAGCCCAAUGUUCGACCUUGUGAAUAUCUUUGAGGUGUUCCUGCCCCAGCUUCUCCUGUACCCGAACCCCUCGGACCCCUUGAACGGCGAGGCGGCAUCGCUGAUGAUGCGCGACAAGAAUGCCUAUGAAAAUAAAGUCAAAGAAUAUUGUGAGAGAUAUGCCAAGCCUGAAGACAUAUCCCCGGAGGAGGAGGAGGAAGAGGAGAGCGACGAGGAGCUGAGCGACGCCGAGGGCUACGACUCCGGCGACGAGGCCAUCAUGGGCCACGCAGACCCUUAACUGGUGGAUGGAUGGAUGCAUGGAUGGUUAGCUCAGUCAGUAACUCAGUAAUGGAGGAUGAUCAUGAUGUAUCUCUGUCUGUCUGUACAUAGCUGCGGCGCUCACUGAUGAAUGCCGCCAUGGCAGAUGCUGAAGAAAGUCAUCAGCCAUCUCAAGUCAGCUCCACUAGUUCAUGUGUCGCCGUCGUGCUAGUCGCUGUGAAUAACUUGCCAUUUGUUUAUGUUGGUUCCAUUUGCAGUUCAUGUUUCCAUUGUAGGGGAUGUAUGUUCUGUUCUGUUCUGUUUAUUCAUUUUCAGUUCAUGUUA